AUGAUUUCCAUCACGCCUUGCUUUACCGCAGCCCCAUGUAGUUCUCAAACAGAGCCUCAGUCGACGGCCGUUGAAGAUGGUCCAGUGAUCAUCCUCAAUGCUAGUCAGCACAGCUGCGACGUCUUGAUCAUCCAUGGAGUGGAAGAUCAUGUUCAUGUUUCACUUGAUAUCACACAAGUCGAAGUGUCCGAAAUCUCCUCCGAGUUCCAAUCACUCGCAGAGCAGUUUGGGUCUUCUGAUCAUCAACUCAAGCUUGUCGGCAUCCUUCGCAAACUUUGGAAUGAUAUUGUUGACCCCGUGGUCCAAGCUCUCAAGGACUUAAACGCUCGCCCUGGUUCGCGUAUCUGGUGGUGUCCCACUGCUGAAUUCACGCUGCUUCCCCUCCAUGCAGCAGGACCCUAUGGGAAGAAGAGAGACAAUUUGUCUGACAUUGACAUAUUCUCUUAUACCCCCACUUUGGCGACUCUCGUUCGUGCGAGACAGCAGGUUUCUCGAGAUGCGUCCUCACAACAUUUUGUUGCUAUCGGUCAAGGCAACCCGGUAAAAGGGAAGGAGCUCAAAUGUGUCGCUUUCGAGCUAGCCGCCGUCGCUCAGCACGUUGCCCCCAUCGUCUCCUUCACACCCCUCGAGGAUGGCAACGCAACAGUCGAUGGCGCACUCGACGCACUUAAUCAUAAUCAAUGGCUCCAUCUCGCCUGCCACGGAAUGCCGAAUCGGACACAGCCGUUCAAGUUCUCCUUCGCUAUGCGCGACCGCCCAUUCAUGAUCAAGGACAUCAUCCGGAUCAACUGGCAGAACCCACAGUUUGCUUUUUUAUCGGCCUACCACACUACCGUGGGCGAUGAGAAGAGUCCCGAUGAGUCGACUCGCUACAGCUAUGCAAUUCUGUGGAUUUCGUAG